AUGUCACUAAAUAAACUAGUAGGCGGAGACUGUGGGGGGAACAAUUCUCUAGUGCAACUAUCAAAUAUUGUGCGUCGUGAUGCUGGUCUAUCACAACCACUAUCUCAGGCUGACAGGUUUGUUAACGAAUUUAUGGCACAGAAUUCGCAGACACCACAAACCUUUAAUAUGAAUACUCUUCUUAAUAAUUUGCCUCAAGAAAACAAAGCUAAAACUACACCUGGUCCCUCGACAUCAUCUUACGUGCCAGAUGUUAAUACCCACAUGAACAGGUCAUGGACAGCAGGACCGUCUCCUUCCUUUAUGACACACAGUGUCAUGUCAAAUUAUCCUAUGAUGCAGCAGCCUAUGCUUCUCCCGCAUGCAGUGCCAAAGCCCAAUCUACAGGUACAAUUUAUCAAUGAAGCAGAAGUUGCAAAUCUGACGAGUGCUGAUGUUCAAGGCAAAGCUCAAGAGUAUGUUAAUACCAUGAAGAAUGACAGUGACAUCGAAUAUAAUGAGUUCAUGUCCUUUAUGAAAAAGAUAAGCGCUGGAGAAAUCCGCCUAGGUGAUGAUCCAGAUUCAGAUCAGACACAGAGAAAAAUGAGCAGGGAGGACAUAUUGGAUCAGAUGAGUGAAAAAUACAAAGAAGAGUGGGAGAAACUCAGUGAUGUUAAUAAUUACUGGGACUCCGAAGCUGCAAAUGGGAUUGCUAAAGAAUAUGCCUUUUCUGAAGGCAAUGUAAUGUUGGAAAACAAAAGUGCUCUUGAAAUAGGAAAGGAAAAAUUAAAAAUGGGUGAUGUACCUGGAGCUGUCUUGUGUUUUGAAGCUGCUGCACAACAGCAGCCAGAUUCAGCAGAGGCCUGGUACCUGCUAGGUACAACGCAAGCUGAAAAUGAACAAGAUCCUUGGGCUAUAACAGCUUUAAAAAAGUCUUUACAAAUUGAUCCUACACAACUAGAAGGCUAUAUCACAUUGGCAGCGGCAUAUACCAAUGAAAAUAUGCCUAAGCAUGCUUACAUCUCUUUAAUUAAUUGGCUAAAAGCCAGUCCUAAAUAUUCUAAUCUUGUGCCAGAAGACAUAGACCCAAUGAAAUUGGAAGUUAAAGAACUAGAGAGUCAUGUAAAGUCAUUGUAUCUUAAAGCAGUACAUUCAAAUGUUAAUGAAAUCGACCCUGAUGUUCAGAAUGCUAUGGGUGUAGUUUUCAAUAUCAGCCAGGAAUAUGACAAAGCUGUAGAUUGUUUCCAGACAGCUUUAAUGGUAGCAAAGGAUAAUGCAAAGCUUUGGAAUAGAUUGGGAGCCACUUUGGCAAACAGUGACAAAUCAGAGCAAGCUGUGGAUGCCUAUCGUCAGGCCCUGGGUUUGGAACCUGGAUUUAUACGAGCCAGAUACAAUGUUGGAAUCACAUGUAUGAAUUUAGGGGCUCACAAAGAGGCAGCAGAGCAUUUCUUGGUGGCACUCAACCAACAACAUAAAGCUAAGAGCAUGUUUCCUGAAUCAGCUGCUACUGACACUAGUUCUUCAACAAUUUGGACAACUUUGAGGAUGGUGUGUGCCUUUAUGGGAGAACACGAUAUUGCAACUUUAAUCGAUGAGAGGAACUUGACUGAACUGAAUAAAGCAUUUCAGAUAGAAUAA